AUGCAGGUGUCACGUUUUAAGCUACCCUUGUGCUUUGCUGACACACGUAACUUGUCACCCUCCGAAAAGUUCUUUGCUUCGCGUCCUCAACACGAGCAUCUCGUGAAAGCGAUAUCAGUUGGCCCAAAUCUCAAUCCUUUGAUCGAAUCCAACGGUUCGGAUUUUCCUGUGAUCUCUGGCCUCUGUUAUAUAUACACUCCCAUAUUCACACACCCUCUUUUAUACAUCUUUUUAUUAUUAUUCUCCGUUCGAUAUUUUCGCUUUCCUUCCGUCAAAAUUUCGGUCAAAAUGGGAAUCAAAUUGAGAGCUGUUACUGUCACUCUGGUUCUUUCAUCCAUGCUUUUUUCUCUUGCCUUUUCUGCUUCGAAUGAUGGUUUGGUGAGAAUUGGAAUUAAAAAGAUGAAGUUUGAUCAAAACAACCGGCUUGCUGCCCGGCUUGAGUCCAAAGAAGGAGAGGCCCUGAGAGCUUCAAUCAGGAAGUAUAAUCUCCGAGGUAAACUUGGGGAUUCUGCAGAUGCUGACAUUGUAGCAUUAAAGAACUACAUGGACGCUCAGUACUUUGGGGUGAUUGGUGUUGGCACUCCCCAUCAGAAAUUCACUGUGAUUUUUGACACGGGCAGCUCUAAUUUGUGGGUGCCAUCUUCAAAGUGCUAUUUCUCUGUUCCAUGUUUCUUCCAUUCCAAAUACAAGUCAAGCAAAUCAAGUACUUAUAAAAAGAAUGGGAAAUCCGCUGCUAUUCACUAUGGUACUGGAGCUAUUUCUGGAUUCUUCAGCCAGGAUAACAUCAAAGUUGGUGACCUUGUUGUCAAGAAUCAGGAAUUUAUUGAGGCGACGAGAGAACCUAGCGUUACAUUUUUGGUUGCCAAGUUUGAUGGCAUAUUGGGACUUGGAUUCCAAGAGAUCUCAGUUGGAAAUGCUACUCCAGUGUGGUACAACAUGGUCAAACAAGGUCUUAUUAAGGAGCCUGUGUUUUCAUUUUGGCUCAAUCGAAAUGUGGAGGAAGAAGAGGGAGGCGAAAUAGUCUUUGGUGGAGCUGAUCCAAAUCAUUACAAAGGCAAACAUACAUAUGUUCCUGUGACGCGGAAAGGGUACUGGCAGUUUGAUAUGGGUGAUGUCCUCAUCGAUGAUAAACCGACUGGUUACUGUGGUGGCAGAUGUUCAGCAAUUGCGGACUCCGGAACUUCUCUCUUAGCAGGUCCCACGACUAUUGUCACCAUGAUUAACCAUGCUAUUGGAGCCACAGGAGUCGUCAGCCAGGAAUGCAAGGCUGUGGUUGAACAAUAUGGGCAGACAAUUUUGGAUCUUCUUUUGGCAGAGGCACGACCCCAGAAGAUCUGCUCCCAGAUUGGGUUAUGCACCUUCGAUGGAGCUCAUGGUGUUAGCAUGGGAAUUGAGAGUGUUGUGGAUGAGAAAGAAGGUAGAUCAGGGAUACGUGAUGGUACGUGCUCAGCUUGUGAAAUGGCAGUUGUUUGGAUGCAAAAUCAACUGAGGCAGAACCAAACACAAGAUCACAUUUUGAGCUAUGUAAAUGAGCUUUGCGAGCGGCUGCCCAGUCCAAUGGGUGAAUCAGCUGUUGAAUGUGGAAGCCUUUCUUCUAUGCCUAGCGUUUCCUUCACUAUUGGUGGAAAAGUUUUCGACCUCUCUCCGCAAGAGUACAUACUCAAGGUUGGUGAGGGUUCUGCUGCACAAUGCAUUUCUGGAUUCACUGCUUUGGACAUCCCCCCUCCUCGUGGACCUCUUUGGAUCUUGGGAGAUGUUUUCAUGGGUCGAUACCACACCGUAUUCGAUGGUGGCAAACUGAGAGUUGGAUUUGCUGAAGCAGCUUGA